CAUUCCCAAAACAUUUGUACAGGUCAAACUCGCUGAGCAUGGCUUUAUUAAGGAAUUCCCCCCGACUCAGGAUGACACUCCAGUUUUCAGAGCUUUGAUGUGAGGACAGCGCGAGGCCACCAUCCAGGAACGACUUGUACGAUCCCCUAAAGCUUAAUGGAUCGUCCCGAAAGGCAAAAUCCUCCGCUCCGAAGGCAAGAUGCAAGCAACACCAACAACCGUGAGUACCUGGAAGUCUUUCCAGAUAAUGGGCCCAUCUACGAGGCCGUCUUGGAUCCACUCGUGACACCGGGGAAUAACGUCCACGAGAACACGAACGAUCCGCUCAGGUUCAGGCUCCCUAGCGCUUGUUUACCCAACGCGCAAGGACGUCCGCCCCCUCCUGUCCCCCCCAGGACCAGACUGCUAUUCAACAGCAGCAAGAAGAGGUUCUCCUUAGACUUCGCUGAGCCUGUCAACAGACUGAACCGCUCCAAGACAGAGGUGGAGUCUAAUGAUCCAUGGACCAUCAAACUAAUAGACACUCCAGAGGGGAGCACCAAGAGGCUGGCUUCUUUUUGUGCUGCUACCUCCAGCCUGAUAUCUCGGUAUGCGCACACAGACAGCGUUCACAACUCAGGUGUGGUGUGGGGUCGGGUGUUGCAAAUCCACCCUGCCCUGCUGCAGCAGGUGGAGGUGAAUAUCAGCGUGGCCACCGACUGGGACGAUAAUCAGGUCCCCUUCCCCACCGCAGUGAACAGGACGGUGAAGAGUCUGAUUGAUGAAAUCUUUCAGCUGCUGGACCUCACUGCCAACAGAAGUGAGCAGUAUGUUUUAAAGCAGUGCAACUCUGACGAGUAUCUCAGAAAUGACGAGCUGCUGGGAGUGCAUGAGGCGGUGCAGAUCUACUCCAAACUCAAACUGGUGCUUCCUCUCCGCCUGCUCCACGUGAACGACCUCAGACACAGUCUGGCCAGAGAUGCUCAGGACGACAAGACGUCGUGCCAACUGUACCAGCUCCUACGUCCCGUCUGCGUCUUCAACACGUGCAAGCUCAGUCUGCAGGAUGUGCUCCGUAGCUACCACAAAGAGGUGUCAGAGCUCAUGAGGAGUAAGUCCGGGGUGAACGUCAACGUGGUCGUGAGCCGCGUUCGCACCAUCAGCAAUCUUCUGUGUGGCCUCACAUGCCACGAGCUGGAGGACGCCAUCGGCCGGCUCAACAGAAUGAAUCGAGUCGCCCUGAGUCAUGAAGAGACAUUUGAGUGUGAAGCUGCCGUGAUCAUGCUCCAUGGGGCUCUGCUGAAAGUGCUGCAGAUAUUUUUCGACAACUUCCAGUCGGACUUCAGAGGCGAGAAGAUAAUGGGCAGCCCCGAAAGCUGCGACGUCGAGAACAACCACGACAUCCUCCAGUUCAACAUUGCUGCUCUGUACAAACUGCCGCCCGCCUGGAUGAACACGUUCGAGUGCUUCUCUUUUUCCUGUGAGCUGACCUAUGCAGGAACAAAGAUAUGCGACACUGGCGUCUCUGAAAAUAUCAGCAGCGCCUUGGCGCAUGGAAACAAGAUCCAGUGUAACCGCAUGAUGGUAUUUCCAGUUCCUGUAAAUCAGCUGCCGUACGAGAGCAUGUUGACCUUUCGCCUCAAGGGCUCCAAGCGAGGCAAGGCCCCAGAGCUUUUAGGCUGGGCUGUACUGCCGCUUUACAAUGACAGGACUCUUGUUAUGGGGACCAUCCUGCUCAGUCUGUGUACUCUGCCUGAGCUGACGCUCUUUCCGUCCCCGGCCCUGUUUGACAGCCACAGAAAAGCCAUCGGAGUCAUCCUGCAGCUGGAGUUUCAAGAGCAGCUUGAGUGGAGGUACCUGAGGCCCAUCGCGCUCCCCGGCUCGGUCACCUUCUCUGAGCCGUGUGCAGAAGUGCAGAAAAAAAUGCAGAACAUCUCAAAGAAGCGCUGCCUCUGCUUCCUAAACGACAAUGAGAAGGGCUUUCUGUGGAGUAGGCGCCACUGUGGCAACAAGGGGAGCACUUUCCUCCACCUGCUGCUGGGUUCAGUGCCCCAGUGGCAGCCUGAGUACCUGACAGAAAUCUACACCAUUGUGGAGAACUGGCCCAUCCAUCUACCUGAGGAGGCCCUGUUUCUGCUCACUGACAGUUUUCAUGAUCAGACGGUGCGGAGGGCGGCCGUUCAGUACUUUGAACAGAUACCUGAUGGAGAGCUAGAGGUGUUUCUGCCGCAGCUGGUCCAGGCUCUGAAGUUCGAGUGGAAACUGGAUGGACCCCUGGUGAUGCUGCUGUUGGAGAGAUCGCUGAAGAACAUGCGCAUCGGCCAGCAACUUUACUGGAUGCUGGAGGAUGCCCUCGGUGACCCCUACUACCAGAGCUGGUUCAGUAAAGUUCAGGCCGCCCUGCGUCACUGCUGCGGCCAAGCUCUGAGGCAGGAGCUGGAGCAUGAAACCCGCCUGGUGUACAUGCUCGUGCAUGUAGCGGAGAGAGUUCGCACCGCUGACAAGUCUCGAAGGAAGAAUCUUCUGAACAAAGAAAAGUUGGCCAUUGCGGACUACUUCAAAGACGGGACCAGCUGCUGCCUACCGCUGGAUCCUGCAGUCCGUGUAAAGGCAGUAAAUGUGGAUGGCUGUAAAUACUACAACUCCAAUACUGCUCCUCUGAACAUCUCAUUCGUCUGUACUGACCCUUUGGCCAAGGAUCUCAGCGUCAUCUGCAAGACAGGAGAUAACCUGCGUCAGGACAUGCUGGUGCUUCAGAUAGUCCGUGUGAUGGACAGAGUGUGGCUCCAGGAGGGGCUGGAUUUGCAAAUGAUCACCUACAGGUGUCUUUCUACAGGCAAGGAUCAAGGCCUGGUGGAAGUGGUAGCCGAUUCGGUGACGCUGGGGAAGAUUCAAAAAGAGUGGGGUCUGAGUGGGACGCUUCGAGAAGACACGCUGGAAAAAUGGUUCCACGGGGGCAACAAAACCAAGGAGAGCUAUGAGCAGGCUGUGAUGAACUUCAUCCACUCGUGCGCGGGCUGGUGUGUAGCCACCUUCAUCCUGGGGAUCUGCGACCGCCACAAUGACAACAUCAUGUUGAAACACAGUGGACACAUGUUCCACAUUGACUUCGGCAAGAUUAUGGGCAACGCACAGAAGUUUGGGAACUUUAAAAGGGACCGAUCACCCUUCAUCUUUACGUCUGAGAUGCAGCACUUCAUCACAGGUGGGGGACAGAAGCCUCAGCGCUUGCAUCGCUUUGUGGAGAUCUGCUGCGAAGCGUACAACAUCAUCAGACAGCGCUCCGCACUCAUACUCAGCUUGUUGGAGCUGAUGCUGCAUGCAGGAAUGCCAGAACUGAAGGACAUCAAUGACCUGCAGUAUGUGCAGAACAACCUCAGACCCUACGACACAGACCUGGAGGCCACCUCCUACUUCACAAAGAAGAUCAAGGAAAGCAUGGACUGCGUCGCGGUCAAAUUUAACUUCCUGACGCACAGCAUGGCUCAAGGGAAGACGCGCGAGCCCCUGCCCCAGAACGGCGCCCCUGCCCCCAGCACCAACAUCCAGGAAGCGGUCAUUCAGGGAUACGAUUCCAAGGGAAAAGAUGUGGUAUAUGAAGUGAAAAUCACCAUUCAUGAUGGAUUUCUGACCAGCAAGAAGACAUUUGGGCAAUUUGAGAUGAUCCAUAAGCAGCUGCAGAAACACUUCAUUGAAUCUAAGCUGCCUCAGUUUCCUGGUUGGUACAGGAUGUCAUUCACACCAGCCAAGAGGAUGUCUAUGCUGAAUAAAUACCUUGAGGAGCUUUUUGAAGGACCAUGCAAGGGAAAUGAAUUUGUGUGCAGUUUGUUUCUGGAUGGCCCCAUGGUCCACAAAACUGAGGUGGCUUCGGAUGAUAGAGCAUGUCCUCAGAUCCAGCUGUACAUUUCUUACACCGGCGACAAGCUCUCUGUCUUGGUAAAACACUUGAAGAACAUUAAACAGGCAAACGGCUCCAACCCUGACGCCUAUGUGGUCACACGUCUGAGACCAGACCCCCAGCAGCGCUCCAAGAGGAAGACAAAGGUGGUCCGCAAUAAUGACAGCCCCAUCUUCAACGAACUGCUGGAGUACCAUAAUGUGCGGCUGCUGGAGGGAAUGGUCCUGGAAGUGACGGUGAAGAACAAAAGCAAGAGCAAAACCAAGACUUUUGUGGCUGCGGUCAACAUUAAACUGGAUGAGGAGCUGCUGGACAAGGAGCAAUGGUUUCCCCUGGGGAACUGUGCAGUCUGACCGCAGAGAGCUGCGCUGUAGAGCUGCCGCCAGCAGAGGGGGCAGCCACACAAUGAUGAAGACAAUCUAUUCAAAGAUUUUUCAGACCCUGAAAGGAAGACACAAACACCUGAAGAGGAACAAUGCACCUCAUUUAUGCCUAUUUAUCAGAUGAAACUUAACCUCUCUCCAGAGCUGAAUACGCUGGCGGUGGGUGGGGUGUUUGGAUGAAGUUACAAAGCUGAGUGAAAGGAAAAGGAGAUUGUUUACUGUGUGAAGCAUCUUUUAACUUAUUAUUUUUACACGAUAAUUAAAUGAAGGACUUUUGCUAAUUUUUUUUUUUUUUUAACAACACCUUGGUGAUGGAUGAAGGAAAGAAACUAUGACUACUUGUACUAUCAUACUUGCACUUUAAUUUGUUUCCUUUGCUGUGAGUCAGACGAGUGCUUUUCAUUGUGCGCGCGCGUGUGUUGAUGCGACAGAUUAAAGAGGAGGCAACGCGGGCGCUGCUCGGAGACGCCUGCUUGUUACCUGCCCAGACGAGAGUGUUUGUCCCUUCGGGCCGUGUCGAACUGGACGUCCUUGACCAGCGGAAUCGGAGGUGGGAGGCGCGAGGGUGGUGGGUGGAGAGAGGGGUGAGGAGGGAGUGUGAGCAGGAUGACAACUCUGUCUGCUUGGCCCGAGGGGCCGAGUUAACACUCACCCCCUCACUCCGUCCUUUGUCUUAUCCAUCAGUGGCAUUCGAACGCAGCGACGCUCCAGCAUGCACAAACACGCAAGGGCAGACAAUCGCAGCACAAACACCCAAAACAAGAUAAACACUUAACACAUGCACCGUUUCUAGGCCAAGGCAGGUCUGCAUGUUAUCUAAAUGGUGUCGUCCUCCUCCUCCUCCUCCUGAUAGGCCUGCUGACCUGUACUUUCUUCUGCCUCAUUCAUAGGAUUUAGUGAAGAUAAAAAUAGACUUCCCUGCCCUGGAACUAGUUCAAUAAUGUAUACCUCUGUGAAUGCUAUUUAUAUUAUUCCCUGCUGGGGCUCUCACAGGGAAGUGCGAUUGGAAGCAAACGUUGUUUGCUCCCUUUUAAUAGUUGUGUUCAUGGGCUGCUAAUGUAUGACUGCAUCACACAUCACAAUAUACUGUAACAUAACCUAAGAGACGCAUCUAUUUCUUUUGCAGCUGAUUAAUGAAGGAAAAAAAAAAUAAAGUUGUGAACUUGACCAAUUCUA